GCUAUAAAAGGGGCUGCAGCCAUUGUCUGAGGCAGAAGAGAGCCCAGAAACAGCUCCCUCUCCCAGUCUUCCUAAUUCAGCACGGUAGUCACAGCCUGUACAUCAUGCAGCUGGUGGCCAGCCUGGUGUCCGUUCUGCUGCUGGUGUGGAGCGUGAGAGCCACUGCACUGCCCGGAGAAGAGAGACUCGCAUUACAGAACAGUAGGGAGCAGACCAAACUGCGGAAAGAUGCCAUACUGAAGAUGCUGGCAGGGCUGCUGGAGAGCGUGGACGUGGCCUCCCCGGACCUUGAAGAAGAGGGCAAGCUGGAGGAGGAGCGGGCAACGCUGGGGCGACUGGCCCAGCUCUCGCAGCGGGACCGCAAGGCCCCCUGUAAAAACUUCUUCUGGAAAACCUUCACCUCCUGCUAGUGCCACCCUGCCUGGCCCCGCUGGGCUCCCUGCCCACCUGUGAACACCCAUCCCGUCCCCCGAGCUCCCUUCCUUUAAUCCUGCACCCCUGAGAAUAAAGCAUGGCGCCUCGGGGA